AUGACUAUUGAGCAUAUAUUGACCAACCUCGUCAUCCUCGACUUCGACGGCACAAUCUUCGACACCCGCGAAGCAAUCCAACAUGCCGCAGCGCUAACCUUCACCACUCUCCUCCCCGACCACGAAAUUCCCUAUGCCAAAGCCCGCCGGCUAAUGGCCAUCGGCGCCGGCCUCCCAGAGACCUUCCGCGCGCUCCAACCGGACCCGUCAACCUUCGACGAGGAAAAAUGGGUCGCGACCUACCGCUCCCUCUACGCGAUGCACGAGGAGAAAUUCACCAAACCGUUCCCGGGUCUGCGUGAGCUACUGGCGGGGCUUCACUCGCGAGGAAUCCCCAUCGCGAUCGUGAGCAAUAAGGCCGUUCCCCCGAUUAAGACGGCGCUGGAGCGAACAGGGCUAUCGGAAUUCGUCGAUGAGAUGCUGAUCAUCGGUGAUGGGACGCCCGGGUCGAAGAGGAAGCCGGACGCGGCGAGUUUCACGGAGGCGCUAGUGCCGCGGUUGAAGGCGGUAUAUGGGGAGAGGUUUGAGCUGGAUCCGGGCAGGGUGCUGAUGGUUGGGGAUACGAUUACGGACCUCAAGUAUGCGCGCAAUAUCGGGGCGAGGGGAUGUUGGUGCCGGUUUGGGCAGGGCGAUAAGGAGGAAUGUGAAUCGUUCGGGCCGGAUUAUGCGGUGGAUUCGUUGGCGGAGGUUCUUGAGAUCGCGGUCAAGGAGUAG